AAUAAGUCAAAUAGUAACACCUGGUCCGUUGACAUGUAUUGUUGCAAAUGUUAUAUUCUUCGUCCUUCAAAUGAGAAAUAUUUGAAUUUUCGAUUUUUCCGCGCUAGUUAAGCAUCUUUAGCGAGUAUAUCUCGGAAUAAAUUUUAAUGUGCAUUUAUAAUCAAAGUGCUAAUUACGAAGUUUGUUGAUAAAAAUAUGUGGAUAAUAUUUGGAUAGUGGAGAUAACCUGUGCUUUCCUAGAUAGUACGGAAAGGCAAUUGUUUAGAAGAAGCUGGGACUGAGUUUUCACAACAACGGUUAGUUUGGGAACAAGCGUCUUGGAAGAGUGUAAUCGAGAAUUCAAGAUGAGUGAGGAAAAUACUGCAGGCAGACGUUAUAGCAAUAGUUCCACUCUCUCGCUAUCUACACGUCCUAAAAAAUUAAAAGAUUCUACGCGGUCUGAUAAGCGAAAAACAAGCAAGACGACCCCUCCCAUCGAAGCUAUAUCCGAAGUGGCAGUUAACACUUUGGGUGCUGAAAAUGACGAUAACAAGCAAAUAAAACGUUUUCAUUCAGCUCCUGAGACAGUAAUUAGGAUAGAUGUUGAGGGCAACACAACACACUUUAAGAAACAUAGCGCAUCUAACAGGAACUCUAUGGCCAGCAAGCGAUCAUCUCGAGAUGAGAAAGAAAUGGUUGAAGAUACUAAACAUCACCACAGUCACCAUCAGAUGGACUAUUCCAAGCCAGGAAUCCAUUACAACUCCAGCCUGGAAGCAGGUCGUCCAACCAUUCAUUACAUAAGCGGACACGUAAACCACGCCUUCAUAGGCCACGAAGUGCACGACCAGUAUCAGCAGAACCAUAUGAUGUCAGUUAAUAGUGUUCAACGUGAACAAUAUUGGUCAUGGCCUUGCUGUCACUGGCGCUGUCACUGGAACUGGACCCGACGCGAAAAAACCUUAUCAUUUAUUAUUGUGGUGCAAGCUUUUGUUAUUGGAGGAUUGCUCAUUGCACUCCUGAAAAUUUUGCUAAGUGAUGGAGAUAUUGUUAUCACCAACGCCAGUUCGCCGUGGAAAUUGAGCUGAAGAGAUACCAGUGCGUGGAUAACUGAAGUAGACAUUUUUUUUCAAAAGGGGAUCGGAGAGAAACUUCUGAGUUCCAAGAUGGUAGUAACCACCUAAGAGCCCAAGGUGAUAGUGACUAAAAGUCUAGCAGAAAAAAUGGUGAUACCAUUCUUUGAUAUAGUAAAAUCAUAAAUAUUUUCAUAUUAUAUUUUUUGUAUUUUAUGUAAUUAUCAGCCAAAGUGAUAUAUUUUAAGAAAUGUUUGAAGGUCUGUGUUUCGAUGGCUACCAAAUGUACUUAGUAGCUUUUAUUAUACCUAAAUCUGAGAUGUAUUCCUACGACAUAAUCAAAAUAAAAGAGCUUUAAAAUAUUAA